AGUCAGAAAACGCAGGGCUUAGAACCAAAAACCCAAACACACGACAGCAAAAGAAAAAAGAUAUGAAAGAGUGAAGCGGAAUAGCUUUGGUUGGUUCUUCGAAAGCAGUGAGAGCUGUUCUUUUCUUCUGUGGACUGUUAAGCACUGAGCAGUAAAGCACAAGGCGAAGCUUCAAUCAUCGUCGGUCAUCCCCUCCAUCAUUCACAAUCAAAAUCAAAGCCCAGAGCUCAAAAAGUUCCAAAGCAAGGAGGGGUUCUCUGAUUCUUUUCUUUCUAUUGGAGACACCGCAAGACUUUUGCCCCACCUGAGCAAAAAGAAUAAUUUCUCAACCUCUUUUGCACCAUAAAAAAUGGUCAUUCUCCCUCCAUUGCCUAUUAUAGAGCAACAUCCAGAUAGACAACACGGGGAAACCCAUCAAUCGUCGUUACAGUUACUCUGCCAGAAAUGUGGAGUACCAGCGGCGCCAAGAUUGAUGGUCUGCCACAAUCUCUUUCCAGGAAGAUGACAAGGAUACGAAGGGGGGCACCAGUCGAUGAUCCUGAGGAGGAAGGCAUCGACAGUGAAAAACUCGUGCCACGGUCACUCGCCGAAAUUGUUCCAAUUCUUCGUGUUGCCAUUGAAAUUAAGCACCGUUACCCCAGGGUUGCUUACCUCUGUCUCUUUCAUGCAUUUGAGAAGGCUCAUAAAAUGGAUCCGAUGUCAACCGGUCGUGGGGUUCGUCAAUUCAAGACAUAUCUCAUGCAUAGACUAGAAAAGGAAGAAAAGGAUACAAAACCUUCGCUUGCAGGAAAUGACCCUGGGGAAAUACAGAAGUUCUACCAGAUGUUCUAUGAACAGAGAGUCAGGGAUGGCCAGUAUGAGGAAAAAACGGAGGUGAUGGCCAAGAACUAUCGGAUUGCUUCGGUAUUAUAUGAUGUUGUGAGAGCUGUGGUGCCUUACGAGAAAGUUGAUGCACAGAUAAACAAAUGUGCUAGAGUAGUUGAGAUUAAAAAGGAGCAGUAUGUACACUAUAACAUUAUUCCGUUGUUUGCCACUGCAUCUAAGCCAGCAAUAAAAGAACUUCCUGAGAUCGAAGCAGCAAUUAAUGCUUUGCGUAAGGUGGACCACCUUCCAAAGCCCAGAGCUCAGUCAACACCUAAUGAGCUUGAUGACAGGGAUAUAGUCAUCCAUGAUUUGCUUGAUUGGCUUUGGCUAGCUUUUGGGUUUCAGAAAGGAAAUGUAGCAAACCAGAGGGAACACUUAAUAUUGUUACUGGCAAAUGCUGAUAUAAAGAAUAAGCAACAGGAGGAUUAUUGUCAGGACCGUCAGCUGGAUAAUGACACUGUAAAGAAUUUGAAGGACAAAAUCUUAGAAAAUUAUUUCUCAUGGUGUAACUACUUGCAUUGUGAACAAAAUGUCAAGAUCACAUGUAAUGCUGCUGAAAGACAACCGUUACAGCUUCUUUAUAUUGGACUGUAUCUUCUCAUUUGGGGUGAAGCUUCAAAUAUUCGAUUCAUGCCAGAAUGUAUUUGCUACAUCUUCCAUCAUAUGGCUAAAGAGCUUGAUGGGAUUCUGCAUGGUGGUACAUUUCUACCAGCACACCAGGGUAAGGAGGCAUUUCUGCGUGAAGUUGUGACACCUAUCUACCAGGUCUUGCGUAAGGAAGCUGAGAGGAACCAAGGAGGCACUGUAAGCCACUCAAAGUGGAGAAAUUAUGAUGAUCUAAAUGAAUAUUUUUGGUCAGAUAAAUGUUUGAAGUUGGGAUGGCCAAUGAACCGUGAAGCCGACUUUUUUCUGCAUUCUGAUGAGAUACAGCCUAGAAAUGUGGUUUUUAUCCACCAACCUAACAAUGUCACUGCUGGAAAGAGAAAGCCCAAGACAAAUUUUGUUGAAGUUCGUACCUUUUGGCAUCUUUAUAGAAGUUUUUACCGAUUGUGGGUUUUCCUUAUUUUGGUUUUCCAGGCUAUGGUAAUAGUUGCAUGGAGCGCUGGAGGAUCACUCUCAUCAUUGUUUGAUGAGGAUGUGUUCAGAAACAUUAUGAGCAUUUUUAUAACCUAUUCUUUACUCAAUUUCUUGAAAGCUAUGCUGGAUAUAAUUCUUAGUUGUAGAACGUGGGGAAGCUUGAAACAAACCCAAAUUAUUUGGUAUCUCUUGAAAUUUGCAGUUGCAUCUCUAUGGGUAGUAGUCCUUCCCAUCGGCUAUUCCAGCUCUGUGCAGAAUCCAACAGGUCUAAUCAGAUUUUUCAGUGAUUGGACUAAUAAUUGGCAAAUCCAGUCGUUCUAUAACUUCUCCGUUGUAAUUUUUAUGACGCCCAAUAUAUUUUCUGCGAUACUAUUCAUUCUUCCGCCUUUACGGAGAUCAAUGGAGAAUUCGAAUUUGAGCGUUAUUGUACUUAUGAUGUGGUGGACCCAGCCAAAACUGUAUGUGGGAAGGAGCCUGCAUGAGGACUUUUCGUCUCUUCUCAAAUACACUCUGUUUUGGAUCCUUCUGCUAAUCAGCAAAUUAGCAUUCAGCUACUAUGUUGAGAUAUUACCUUUAAUUGGACCAACGAAGCUGAUCAUCGGGUUGAAAACUGUAAGGUAUAAUAUUGGUGGUGUUAUUUCCAUAUGGGCUCCAAUUGUUCUGGUUUAUUUCAUGGAUGCACAGAUAUGGUAUGCUAUUUUCUCCACCAUAUUUGGUGGUAUCCAUGGAGUCUUCAACCAUAUGGGUGAGAUUCGGACUCUUAGGAUGUUGCGCUCCGCUUUUGAAGCUGUGCCAGUAGCUUUUAGUAAAUGUCUUGUGCCACUUCCUAUCGAGGAUGUCAGAAGGAUCCACUUGGAUGGGUCUUUCGAAAAAAGGAACAUAGCGAAGUUCGCCCACAUGUGGAAUGAGUUCAUCAAUUGUAUGCGCAUGGAGGACUUGCUCAGUAAUAGAGAGAGGGACCUUCUUCUUGUACCAUAUUCUUCAAGUGAUGUAUCUGUUGUCCAGUGGCCAAUUUUUCUCCUAGCCAGUAAUUCGAUAUCUGUGGUGAUGGACAUGGUGAGAGAUUUCAAGUGGAUCUCGGACAAACGGGACAAUGAUAUAUUUAACAAGGUUAAAAGUGAUGAUUACAUGAAGUCUGCAGUGAUUGAAUGCUAUGAAACACUCAGAGAUAUACUGUAUGGCAUUUUGGGUGAUGAUGAGGAUAAAAUGCUUGUCAGACACAUCUGUUAUGAAGUGGAUUCUAGCAUACAGGACCAAAGAUUCUUGCAGGAAUUCAGGAUGAGUGAACUGCCUGAAUUCUGCGAUGAGUUGAAGAUAUUUCUAAAUUAUUUGGAAGCUGAUCCAGAGGAUGCUGAGUCAAAUAAGACCCAAAUAAUGGUUGCCCUUACGGUUGUUAUGGAUUUCAUUACGAAGGAUGUCAUGGUUAAUGGGCAUAAAAUCAUGGAAAGAGCUUAUGCAAGGACAGAGGACAAUGACAAACAAGAACAAAGAUUUGGAAAGAUAAACCUUGACCUAAUGCAGAAUAAAUCCUGGAUGGAAAAGGUUGUUAGGAUUCAUUUGCUUUUGACUGUUAGGGAAUCUGCAAUAGAUGUGCCUAUGAAUUUGGAAGCACGCCGCCGCAUCACUUUCUUUACUAAUUCCUUAUUUAUGAAAAUGCCAGAUGCUCCAAAAGUCCGGAAUAUGCUAUCUUUCAGUGUCUUGACGCCAUAUUAUAAAGAAGAUGUCCACUAUUCUGAGGAGGAACUUGAGAAAGAGAAUGAGGACGGAAUAUCAAUUUUGUUUUACCUACGGAAUAUAUAUCCUGAUGAAUGGAGCAAUUUCCAGGAACGUCUUAUGGAUCCAAAGACUUGUGAUGCUGCAAAAGACAAGAUGGAUUUAACUCGUCAGUGGGUAUCUUACCGAGGUCAGACUCUUUCGAGGACAGUGAGAGGGAUGAUGUAUUAUAGGCAGGCACUUGAGCUUCAAUGUUUCCUGGAUAUGGCGGGGGACCAUAAAAUUUUUGGUGGUUACAGGGCAGUGGAUGUAAACAAUAGGGAGGAAAGAGCUCUUGCUCCUAAUUCACAAGCUGUUGUAGAUAUGAAGUUCACCUAUGUUGUCUCCUGUCAGAUCUAUGGCCAACUGAAAAUAUCCAGUGAACCUCGUGACCGCAGUUGUUACCAAAACAUUUUAAAUCUCAUGUUACAGUAUCCAUCGCUGCGUGUUGCUUACAUUGAUGAGAGAGAGGAGACUGUUAAUGGGAAACCUGAAAAGGUUUAUUACUCUGUUCUCAUCAAGGGAGGGGAUAACUUAGAUGAGGAAAUUUACCGCAUCAAACUCCCCGGUCUUCCAACCGUUAUUGGUGAAGGGAAGCCUGAAAAUCAAAAUCAUGCCAUAAUUUUCACUCGUGGUGAAGCUCUCCAGACCAUGGACAUGAAUCAGGAUAAUUACCUCGAGGAGGCUUUCAAAAUGAGAAAUGUUUUGCAGGAGUUUUUGAGAUGUCGUCCUGGGCAACAAAAGCCCUCAAUAUUGGGUCUUCGGGAGCAUAUUUCUACUGGAAGUGUUUCAUCACUUGCUUGGUUCAUGUCCAAUCAGGAGACUAGUUUUGUUACUAUUGGGCAGCGAACUUUGGCAAACCCUCUCAGGGUGCGGUUCCAUUAUGGUCAUCCUGAUAUAUUUGACAGAAUCUUUCACUUGACAAGGGGUGGCAUAAGCAAAGCUUCGAAAACAAUUAAUUUAAGUGAAUAUAUAUUUUCAGGAUUUAAUUCAACUCUACGUGGGGGCAAUGUAACUCAUCAUGAAUAUAUCCAAGCUGGAAGGUGGCUUGCUGUAGGAAUGAAUCAAAUUUCACUUUUUGAGGCUCAGGUAGCAAAUGGAAAUGGAGAGCAGACAUUGAGCCGUGAUGUUUAUCGGCUGGGGCAUCAUUUUGACUUCUAUAGAAUGUUGUCAUUCUACUUUACGACUGUUGGUUUCUACUUCAGCAGCAUGGUAACUGUGAUUAUAGUGUAUGUGUUCCUAUACGGGCGUCUGUAUCUGGUACUGAGUGGUUUGGAAAGGUCUAUUCUUUUGGAUCCAAGUGUUCAGCCAAUUAAGUCUCUUGAGAUGGCACUGGCUACCCAGUCUGUCUAUCAGCUGGGCUUGUUGCUGGUGCUGCCCAUGGUGACGGAAAUUGCCCUCGAAGGAGGGUUUCUCACAGCACUUGGUGAAUUCAUCAUCAUGCAGCUGCAACUGGCCUCUGUAUUCUUUACCUUUCAGCUAGGAACAAAAGCUCAUUAUUAUGGGAGGACAAUAUUGCAUGGUGGUGCUAAAUAUAGAGCUACUGAUCGAGGAUUUGUUGUAUUUCAUGCCAAAUUUGCUGAUAAUUACAGGUUAUAUUCCCGAAGUCACUUUGUGAAGGGGAUGGAGCUGUUGAUGUUAUUGAUUGUGUAUGAAGUCUAUGGGAAGUCUUAUAGUCUGAGUAUAUAUUGGUUCAUCACAUCCUCCAUGUGGUUCUUGGUUGCUUCAUGGUUGUUUGCUCCUUUUGUGUUCAAUCCUUCUGGGUUUGAGUGGCAGAAGACAGUGGAUGACUGGACAGACUGGAAAAGGUGGAUGGGCAAUCAUGGUGGUAUCUGUAUCCCACAAGAUAGAAGCUGGGAAUCCUGGUGGGAAUCUGAACUGGAACAUUUAAAGCGCACAGACAUCCGGGGUCAAGUGCUUGAGAUAAUCUUGGCAUGUCGCUUCUUUGUCUACCAAUAUGGUAUUGUCUACCGCCUAAACAUAGCUCACCAGAACCAGAGUUUACAGGUGUACGGACUUUCAUGGUUGGUCAUGGCUAUGGUUCUGUUGUUCUUAAAGAUGGUAUCAAUGGGAAGAAGGAAAUUUGGCACCAACUUUCAGCUCAUGUUCAGAAUCCUCAAAUUUGUUCUGUUCCUUUGCUUCUUGCCUGUCAUGACCGUCUUAUUUGUAGCCUGCGGCCUGACCACUGGGGACUUGUUUGCUGUUGUUCUUUGCUUCAUGCCAACUGGAUGGGCACUACUUCUUAUUGGCCAAGCUUGCAGAUCCAUGAUGAAGGGUAUAGGGUUCUGGGACAUCAUAAAGGAGCUAGCAAGAGGAUAUGAGUAUGUGAUGGGAAUGAUAAUUUUCAUGCCCAUUGUCAUUUUGUCAUGGUUCCGAUUCGUUUCAAAGCUGCAGACCAACUUACUCUUCAACCAAACAUUCGGUAGUUUACACAAAGCAAUUAGAGAGAGAAGAGAUAGAAGAGAGAGAGUGGUACAAGGGCCAGUGAGUUGCGGAGGUCAGUGAUGAAUAGAGUCAGACAGUACUGGUGAGGUGAUGUUGGGAUAUUUUAGGAAGUAAAAUUUUAUUUUCUUCUUGGGUUGCAUGAGCAAUAAGCCUCUUUGGGGGUUGAGUAAUCUUUUCAAAUUUGAAACUAAUAGAUGUAAAAUAAAUUUUAAAUCUACUUAUCUUUGUAAUUAAUUUUCUUA